AUGGUUGACUUGCACAGCCUCCCUAUCGGCUCAAGACCUUCCGCCGCCAUCCGCAACAAUGGGCCAGACCACCUUGUCCUGGAGCGACUAAAGCUCCGAGAGCUCGCCGAGGGCUGGCCAUCAUACAGAGACUCCUGCGAGUGGGAAAACUUUGAAUCGAUCUUCCACCCCGGCGCCCACGUCUACACCACCUGGUCCGGCCGCGUCCCCUAUCAGGAUUUUAUCGCCGCGUCUAAGGCAGGUAUGGACAAGGGUGCCUUCAUAAUGCACCGGUGCCACGGCACGAGCACCGACAUCAACGCCGAGGCGACCCGAGCGGUAACCAAGCUCAAGGCGACAAUCACCCAGCGCUUCGAGGUCGACGGCGCAGAGUUUGACGUUGAGGCUGACUGCCGGUUCUGCUUCUUCUUUGAGAAGAUAGGCAGCCGUUGGGGCGCCCAGCUCGUGCGGCACUGGUACGAGAAGGAUAAGAUGAUUCUGGCGAACCCGGCGAGGUUCCCGGCGGUAGACGAGGAGAGGUUAAAGGGGUACCCGCCUGGGUAUAGGUAUCUCGCAUACUGGCAAGAGGCUACGAUGGGGGUCAAGGUGUUGUUGGAUAUGCCGGGGCAUAGGUGUCAUGUUGGUACGCCGAAUCUGGAGAAGCAUGAUUUGCUGUACUGGCAGGCGAAGCAGUGGCUGGAAGGGGAGCAAAUUGAGAUUUAG